AUGUCGCUGGUUCUAAUCAACUCGCAGAUGUUUCGACCAAGCCUCUGGAUCGUGCAAGAGCUCCUCAAGAAGAGAGCCGUCACUCAUAUCCGUGACCCUCUUCGGCUCAUAUCAAACCUCUUGCUAGUUGCAAAAAAGGGAUCCCAGCCAUUGAAUCGCUUCAUACCGGAUAACAAGUUCGAAAUGGAGGGUUGGAUGGAGAUCAGGGAAGCAGUGUUCACCGGCUGUUACUCCGCGCGGAUCGAUCUCCAGGACGCUUUCCUCUCGAUACCCAUUCACGAGGAUAGCAGACCCUUCCUAGUAUUCCAAUGGCAGCAACAGACGUUCUGUUGGUCUCGCUUGUCAUUCGGGCUCAAGACUAGUCCGCGGGUAUUCACCAAGCUCUUGAAACCGGUGGUAGCCAACCUGCGACAAGAAGAAAUCACUCUCAUCGUCUAUCUGGACGACUUCCUUUUAAUUGCCGAUAACCCCAGUCGACUCUCGGCUCAUGCCUCGCGAGCAACGACGCUCCUCCAAUCCUCGGGAUACACGAUUUUCGGCAGUUGCGCGCUCUUGCCUGUUCUGCAAGUCACCUAUCUGGGCUAUGUAAUUGACUCGACAUCUAUGCGUCUCUCGGUUGCGCUGGACAAGCGUAUUCAAAUAAAAAGGGAUAUUCACAACAUCCUCGCCGCUACCCAGGUUACCCUGCGCGACUUAUACUGUAUCUUAGGGAAAUUAAACGCGCUUACCACCAUCGUACGCUCGGUCAGAUACUACUGCUCCUCCCGCGCAAGAUUAGUCUCGACCGCAAUUCGGGGCGCGCGCGGUCUAGAUCGACGGAUUCAGUCAGUUGACGACACGCGCCAGGAUCUCCUCUGGUGGACGGAAGACCUCGACCUGGUCGCCUCGGGACCGGUCCGGCCCCCGCUUCGUUCUCUCUGA